UGUGGAACGAAAGGAUCACCUGCAGCAAGAGUCUUAAUAUUUCUAUACAGCAGUGGAUCUGGAUGUGGAUGGUGCUCUGGAGCUGUUUGUUCUGAUCACCAGUUGGUGUAAAUAGCCAGUUCAUCAUGGCGAUGAGUCGAGCACAUUCUCAGGAUGAAGAAAACAGGAGGUCCUGCUGGGUUUGUUUUGCUACUGAGGAAGAUGAUCGUGAUCUCCCGUGGACACGCCCCUGUAGGUGUCGUGGCACAACCAAAUGGGUUCAUCAGUGUUGUUUACAGCGAUGGAUCGAUGAGAAACAAAAGGGAAACACAACUACCAAAGUCAGCUGUCCACAGUGUAACACAGAGUAUUUAAUUGUCUUUCCAACUUUAGGACCAGUUCUGUAUGUGAUGGAUGUUGUGGACCGUAUUAUUUACAAGAUGUGUCCAUUUGUGGCUGGAGGAAUAUUUAUUGGGUCAGUUUACUGGACAGCAGUCACAUACGGAGCUGUGACAGUCAUGCAGGUUCUGGGGCACAAAGAGGGGUUGAAUGUAAUGGAGCGAGCUGACCCAUUGUUUCUGCUGAUUGGCUUGCCGACAAUUCCCAUCAUGCUGAUCCUGGGCAAAAUGGUCCGCUGGGAGGACUACAUUCUUCGACUCUGGAGGAAGCACUCAUCCAAGCUUCCCCUCCUCAAUUACCUCUUCUCUGAAGACUUAUCCCGUAAUGUCAGGACACCAGCAGAAGUCUCUAAUGUCUCUGAUCCUAUGUCAGCCACCAGGGUGCUCUGUGGGGCGCUAAUUCUGCCCACUAUAGCUACCAUUGUAGGAAAACUCAUGUAUGGCAAUGUCCAGUCCAAUUUCCAGAGAACACUACUGGGUGGAAUUGCUUUUAUAACCAUAAAGGGUGUGCUGAAGGUGUAUUAUAAACAACAACAGUACUUACGACAGAUAAACCGUGUUGUUUUGGAUUUCCCAGAGGAGGAGGCUGGUGGUCAGCAGGCUCAGCCAAGUUCACACCAGUAA